AUGGGAGAUUUUUGGAAAACUACAGCUUAAAUAUAUAGUACUUUAUUUGAAAAGCCAAAAAUGACAUAGAAAUUACUGGAAAAGCCUCCAUUCAAAUAUAUUUUUGAUAUUAUUAUGGAAACAACUAAAUAAACAGGUUUCAAAUUUAAAUUUACAUUAGGUUAUGCAAAAGGAUUAUAUACAAAUGAUGAAUUAGAUGGAAAUUCAUAUGAUAAUAAAGACAAGAAACUUUUAUUCUUAUAAAAAAUUAUAGAUUUAACAUCAAUGAUGUUGAAAGAAGAAAUUGCUGCUAAACCUACUUUAAUAGUAAUUGGUUUAGAACCAGAGAAUACAAAUUAGUUAUUAAUAUAAAUUUACAGAGCAGCUGUGAGUGGUAAAGAUAGUAAAUUUUAUGUAGAAUAGGUAUAACUUAUAUAUAAGAUUUAGGUAUUAGCAAAGAUAGGAGCAUGUCCUAAAGAAAUAGGUUAAGUUCAAGAACAUAAUAAAAAACCAGAAUAGUUAAAUUCUAUCAAUAAUUUAUAACCAUAAUAAAUUAUAGAAUAAUAACAGUAAUAAAUAUAUGGGUUAGAAAAUGAACUAAAAUAGAAAGAUGCAAUAAUUAUUAAUUUAGAAUAAUAAAUUUAGGCAUUAAAAUCAUAAUUAAAAUAAAUUGCGAAAGAAUCUUGA